CGGGCCUGCCGAUUGGAUGGGCUGAGAGAAGGACAGGGACGCGUCCCAAUGGGCGACAGCUCCUCCUGAGCUCGCCCUGCGGAGAGCCAAUCAGCGAGCGCGACGCCUGUGCCGGGCCGUCGGGAGCCGGGACUGGCAGCGGUGCGCGCCGCUGCCACGUCGGACGGAGCGGCCGGGCUCGGGGCGCUGGAUGGCGGCACGGUGAGAGCGGUGAGGCGGCAGCGAUGGCGGCGGGGCUGCUGCUGCUCGGCUCCGCCCUGCUGUGCGCGGCGCUGGGCUGCGCGGGCGCGGCGCUGAUUCCCCCCGCGCCCGACGUGAAGGUGGAGGUGCUGCACAAGCCUUUCCUCUGCCACCGGCGGACCAAGUGGGGGGACUUGAUGCUGGUUCACUACGAGGGCUUCUUGGAGAGGGACGGAUCCAUGUUUCACUCGACUCACAAGCACAACAAUGGCCAACCUAUGUGGUUUACACUUGGCAUAAGGGAAGCUCUGAAAGGCUGGGACAGAGGGUUGAAGGACAUGUGUGUGGGAGAGAAACGGAAGCUGACCAUUCCACCAGCCCUUGCUUAUGGAAAAGAAGGGAAAGGAAAAAUUCCACCUGAGAGCACAUUGAUUUUCAACAUUGACCUUCUAGAAAUUAGAAAUGGACCAAGGUCUCAUGAGUCAUUCCAAGAGAUGGAUCUUAAUGAUGACUGGAAACUAUCCAAGCAAGAGGUGAAAAUUUACUUGAAGAAAGAGUUUGAAAAGCAUGGAGCAGUGGUAAAUGACACCCAGCAUGAUGCUUUGGUUGAAGACAUAUUUGAUAAGGAGGAUGAAGACAGUGACGGGUUUAUAUCUGCAAGGGAAUUCACGUACAAGCAUGAUGAGCUGUAGCAAGAAAAGAGUGGCAUAAUUUUUUUGGACACAAAUAGCAGUGACUUAGACUGUCUGGUUCUCCUGUCAUCUUAAUUCUGUGCUUUGGAAGUGACAAUUGCUGUUGGCAAAGAAACACUUUGUUUAUAUAAAAGAGAAUUUCAGUUCGUUAUGUACAAAUCUUUUAAACUGUUUUAAAGUGUGAAAAUGUUCCUCCUCGUAUACAGUGAAGACUUGCACAUCAGUGUUUUUAAAGUUUUGUAUUAAAUUAUUUUUCUGAAAUGAAACAAACUUUCCAUUUAUCAUUCAUUAUGAAUAUCAAAAAUCCAGUUCAGUGACUUUCUGUAAUUUGUUUGUGUGCCAAGAUCACUUUCAGCAGCUACCUUACGUAUUACUUGUAGUCUGUGGCUUGAUUACUUGACCUUCCUUCUUGAGUGUCACUGCUUAAAAAGCAGUUUGCUGACCUUGGGGUUUUUUUCUGCAGAUUUUCAAAAGAUGUAGUAGAAGGCAUCAGCAUCUCUGUAUGGCUGAGAAACUGAUACAAAGCUGAAUGAGAAGAAUGAUUAUCAUGUGCUGAUUUUGCCCUUCUAAAGGGAGAGUGUUACCACCCAUGCCAAUAAUUUUCUGCAUUUUUCAUUAAAUUUUGUGAACAAAGCAGCAGUUAAAUGUCAGACUUUCACUUCUACUGCCAGCAACAUUCUAGGAAACAUCUGUAAUUUUGAAAGCAGCAAGUUGUGCUGCAGUGCA